AUGGACAACUACCAGCACGUCAGGGCUCUGCACCACUCUCUCCCCGCCUUUUCCCCAAUAGUCCCCACCGCCCUCCUGCCUUUUGUCGCCGCCCUCUUUCUGCUUCCCACAUUCGCUCUUGCCUUUUACUUUUCAACUCUUCCAAAAGACAAGCUUGCCCUCCGGGAACCCCUCGUCGCCCUCGCAGCAAGCACCCUUGGCGGCUUUGGCAUCGUCGCCCUCUUCUGCUCCGUCGGCGUAUACGUGUAA